GGAGAAGACGAAGACGAAGAAGAAGAAGAAGAAGGAGAAGACGACAAUAAUGACGAUGAAAGUGAGCUUGGAAGGGAAGAGAGUGGUGUUGGUUCCGUACAUGUCGGAACAUGUCCCGAAGUACCACAGUUGGAUGCAGGACCCUGCGCUUCUCGAAGCUACUGGAUCUGAGCCGUUGAGUCUUGAUCAGGAGUAUGAGAUGCAAAUCUCUUGGACUCAAGAUCCCAAUAAGCGGACUUUCAUUGUGUUGGACAAGGAUUUCAUGGAGGGAGACUUGGCUCAUGGCGAACCUCAUGUAGAAGGCAUGGCAGGUGAUGUGAACAUUUACAUGAACGAUGUGGAUGAUCCUAAGGUUGCAGAGGUCGAAAUAAUGAUAGCUGAGCCCAGAAGCCGUGGUAAAGGAAUAGGAAAGGAAUCUGUGUUGACGAUGAUGGGUUAUGCUGUCAAGAACUUGGAGAUUCACAAGUUCACAGCCAAGAUUGGGGACUCAAACACAGCGUCCCUCAGCUUAUUCCGCAAACUGGGUUUCGAGGACUCUUCUCACAGUGAAAUCUUCAAAGAGGUUACACUAGAGUACACGGUGACAAAUCUCCGUCGAGCUGAGCUCCUGAAGUCUUUGGAGGAUGUUGUCACGCACACUCAAUCUCCGGACAACAAAUCAGAUUAGCUGCUGACAGGAGAAGCUAUUGGAUAAUGUGCUUAUUAUUGUUAAAGAUUAGAGAUCAUGUAUCGUGCCUGAGCCCAAACAUGUGAUGGUAGCAGGGACUUUAUGAACCAUAAGUCCAUAAUAUAUGAGGUUAUGAACAAGAGAAAACUCUAUUUUAAAAGCCA